AUGUCUGAUAAAACAGAGUCAUCUGUUACCUUAAUAAGCAAACUAGAUGCUAGUGAUCCCUUGUAUUUGCAUGCUAGUGACUCUAGUAAUCUGUCUAUUGUCAAUAUCAAGUUAAAAGGUACUGAGAACUAUGUGGUAUGGUCGAAUGCUAUAAAACUUGCUUUAAUGGCUAAAAACAAAUUAGGAUUUGUUGAUGGAAUCUGUGUUAAAUCUGAGUCUAAUGAUGUCUUAGCAAGUCAAUGGGAAAGAUGCAACUCUAUUGUUUUAACCUGGAUUUUGAAUUCUGUUUCUGAUGAGUUAUACGUUGGUCAAGUGUACUCCAAACUUGCGUCUGAAGUUUGGAAUGAUCUUAAAGAGACAUAUGAUAAGGUUGAUGGUUCUGUUGUGUUUGGGUUAUAUCAGAAAAUUAAUUCUGUUAGUCAAAAUGGGUCCAGUGUGUCUGAAUAUUACCAUAAGAUAAAUACUAUGUGGAAACAAUUUGAUGCUAUGCUUCAGUUGCCAUCUUGCACAUGUAAUGCUUCUACAAAGUUCAAUGAGUUUAGUCAAUUAAUAAAACUGAUGCAAUUCUUGAUGGGAUUAGAUGAUGUUUACCAACCUGUCAGAACUAAUCUAUUAACCAGGGAUCCCCUUCCAUCUAUUAAAACUGCCUUUUCAAUUAUAUCUAGGGAAGAGUCACAUAGGGGCUCAAACAGUAGUCUUAAAGUGCCUAAUGUUGGUUUUGCUGCUAAAACAUAUCAGUUCAGUGAUAAUAAAAAGAGGUUUAACAAAGGUCCUAAUCCCAACUUGAAAUGCACUCACUGUAACAAAGUUGGUCAUACUGUUGAUAAGUGUUUUGAGCUUCAUGGGUAUCCUCCAAAUUACAGGUCUAAACCUAGUCAAACAAAUAGUCAGUGGUCUAAAUCUAAUAAUUCUGUGAAUAAUUCUGUUAGUGACAAAUCUGUCAGCAACUCUUUGAAUUCUCUUACCUCAGAUCAGUUCACUAAACUUCUAGACCUGCUUAAUGACAAAAAGACUGAUAACGGGCCUAAGACAAAUGUUGGAGGUAAAUGCCAUAAUGUGUUCUCUUCCUUAGACUGUUACAAGAGAUUUUAUUGUUUUAAUAGUAAAACUUGGUCCCAAGGUAAUAUGAAUUGGAUUAUUGAUUCUGGUGCUAAUCAACACAUGAUGAUGUCAAGUGAAAAAAUGUUUAAUAAAGUUGAUGUGUCUGAUUACAAUAUAACAGUCAAACAUCCUAAUGGUACCGAUGCCAAGGUCACUAUAAUAGGGUGCUACAAAUUAUCCAAUUCUGUUAUCUUAAGAGAUGUCUUUGUUGUCCCUGAAUAUUGUGUCAACUUAAUCUCUGUGCAUAAAUUAGCAAAGGAUAAUCAACUUAGAGUUGUGUUUGAUGAAGAUACUUGUUAUAUUCAGGAUUUGUACUUAAAGAAAACCCUGGUGACUGGUAGACAAACUGAUGGUCUUUAUUUCUGUGGUAAUUCUUUCAAUCCUGUGAUUGCAUGUUUUAAUAAAGCUGAAACUAUAAAGCUCUGGCACUCAAGACUUGGUCAUCCCGCUGAUCAAGCCUUAAAUGCUUUAAAUCUUAAACCUGAUAAAAAUAAUAUCGAUCCAUGUGAAGUGUGUCAUAAAGCUAAACAACACAGAGUCCCUUUUCCUUUAAGUGAACACAAAACCUCUAAAGUAGGUGACUUAAUUCACUUAGAUGUGUGGGGCCCUUAUAAGGUCCCAAGCAUAGAAGGAUUCAAAUAUUUUCUCACCAUUGUAGAUGAUUAUUCCAGGUCGGUUUGGGUAUACCUAAUGAAAUCUAAAAUUGAAGUUUUUGAAAACAUACAAAGCUUUUAUAAUCUUGUGAAAACUCAAUUUGAAGUAAACAUUAAGGCGUUUAGGAGUGAUAACGGAACUGAAUUUGUUAAUUCUCAAAUGUCCACCUUCGUUAAGUCACAUGGAAUCAUUCACCAAACAUCUUGUGCUUACACUCCUCAACAAAAUGGUAUUGCUGAGAGAAAGCACAGACAUUUACUCAAUGUUGCUAGAGCUCUAUUGUUUCAGUCAGGGGUGCCUUUAAAAUUCUGGUCUGAAUGUAUUCUCACCGCUUCAUACUUAAUUAACAGGACACCAUCUUCCGUGUUAAAUGGCAAAACUCCUUAUGAGUUACUUUUUGGUUUUGAACCUUCUCUUGGUCACUUGAAGAUUUUUGGUUGCUUAUUUUUUUCACCAUUUUAA